UGUCCAGCCGGCUUUAGUUUCCAAGUAGUCAUUGAACUGAACGCACGUUGAAAUACAAUGCCAAUCACUAAAGAAAAUGUCAUCGUCGCCGACCACCCCGUGGAUCAUUCCGAAGUUCUACCCACGGCCCCAGAUAAGCCCUUGGUAGAAUCAUAUUUUGAGGCCCUUCGAACUCGGGUGGCGACCAAAGGUGACCGCGCUUUUCUUAUCAAUGGGGCGGAUGUGACGCAAAAGAUCAUGCUCUCGGAAUUGGAACCAAUGGCCAGGCAGUAUGCCAAAGUGUACACCUCCCUCGGUUUGAAGCGAAAUGAUAAGAUGCAGAUAUCCAUUCCCAACUCCUUGGAAUACUUUCCAUUGGCGUUGGGCGCUUGGGUUUGCGGUGCAAUUCCUUCCGUGACGGAUCCAGACCUAGCAGAGAGCACUGUGAUUGCACAAAUUCAAGAUACACGUGCUUUGAUCGUCAUUUGCUCCCCCACAAAUGCUGAGAGAUUCCACAAAGCACUCGCUAAAGUUGAAGGGGUGGAGUCUAAAUUGAUCGUUUUGGAUGACCCAGCUGCACCAAACGAAUAUCCUAAUAAGGCUGGAAUUCCACUUUUAAGUGAUCUGUUGAAGUCUGACAAGCUUCAAGAUCCCAAGCCCAUCACCGAUUUUCGCACCGACCAAGUGUCCUACAUCAGUUGGUCUUCAGGAACAACAGGCGUACCCAAAGGUAUUCAGAUGAGCUUUGAUUUUAUCAAGCAUCGCUUCGUUUAUGGUAAAGCAACCAUCCCCGGGUGGGAUCUCCUUACCACGUGCAUGUUCCAUAUCAGUGGAUUUGGCGAGCUGGUUAUAGGCGGGAUGCGUCAUGAAGUGGUCUUUUUUAGGGACUCUGAUUUGGUGAAAGACAUUAAAUUGAUCUUGAAAGCCUGCGACCAAUUCAAUAUAACCAAAAUGAUAAUGGGAACCCAUCACGUUGCCCAACUCGCUGCCAUCAAGGAUGCUGUCCCUUCGGGAUUGAAUGUGAACCGAGUCAGGGUAAUCAUCCCAGUUGGAACCUCAUUCCAUCCACACAUGAGUGAUGAAGUCAAGACCAUAUUCCCCAAUGUGAUUUUUGUCAAUUGCUAUUCAAUGACGGAAGUUGCAUUCCUGGUUUCCAUGUCCCUCAGCUUGACAUGUUUGGGACCCGUCAUGGAAGGGCAUGAGGUGAAGAUUGUGGAUCCCAAUACCAGAGAGGCACUUAAACCUCACCAAGUGGGAGAAAUUAUGAUCAAACCCCCCUAUCCAUUCCCUGGUUACCUCAACAAACCGGAAGAAACAGCUAAAUUCUGUGAGCCAGAUGGUUUUUGUCACUCCGGAGAUUUCGGUCAUUACGACGAGGACGGUCUUCUUUACUUCGACGGGCGAAUGAAAGAAAUCAUCAAAUUCAAAAAUAAUCACAUCCAUCCCUUUGAGUUGGAGACGCUCAUCCAACAAUUGCCAGGAGUCGAAGAGGUGGGAGUGUACGGAGAGCCUGAUCCCGCCUCCCAAGAAUUGGCCACGGCCGUGGUUCGAUUAACCCCUGGAUGUCAAAUGAGCGAAAACGAGAUCAUUGAGGCAGUGGCGGCCAAAGUAGAUGAUUUCAAGCAAUUGCGUGGUGGAGUUCGAUUUGUAGAAAAGGAAUUGCCUCGAAAUGCCAUGGGCAAACUACUUAGACGAAAUCUUAAUUCUUGUAAAUAGUUUGUCAUUGUUAGGACAUUACCAUGUUAAAAGGAAACUUGAUUUACUCAAUUCGGGUAGAAUUACUUCAUGAAAUAUCAAUUGAUCCAAAUAAAAGAUUUCUACUCGUAA